CAACAAGGCUAACAACACUUGUUUAGCUCAAAGCUUCCUCACCAAAAAUGGCUCUCGUCCUCUUUCUUGCUUUCUCAUUCUUCCUUCAAGGAGCACUUGGUGGGAUUAUAUGUGAGAAGUUGCCUACUGAGCUCUGCUCAUUUUCGGUGUCGAAUUCUGGGAAGCGAUGCUUGCUAGAGAACUAUGCAGCAAAUGAUAGAACAGUGGCAUAUCAAUGCAAGACAUCUGAUGUGUCUGUUGGUGUCAUUCAUGAUUUGAUUGAAACUGAUGAAUGCAUUAGCGCAUGUGGAGUUGAAAGGAAAUCUGUUGGUAUUUCAUCAGAUUUUCUUCUUCAGCCUCACUUCACUGCCAAGCUUUGCUCCCCACAAUGCUAUCAAGCUUGCCCCAAUAUUGUUGACCUUUACUUCAACUUGGCUCUUGCAGAAGGAGUGCAUUUGCCUACUCUGUGUGAAGUACAACUAGCAAAUCCAAGGCGUGGCAUGGUCGAGAUUAAGAGCUCUGGUGCGGUUGCAUGUCCUGUUUCUUCCCCAGGUCCCGUUUCUUCCCCAGGUCCCAUGUCAGCUGAAUUAGACAUCUCUCCAGCCCAUGCUCCUAUUCCAGCUUGAUUAAACUCCACAAUAUGUUACACUUACCUUGCUUUGAUUUAUCCAUUAGAUCUCUGUUUUAUGUUAAACUUAUUAUGGGGAGUACUUACUCACCACCACGAUAUCAUAUGUAAUAGUUACUUUGAAAUUUAUAUAU